AUGAGAUUUGUCUCACUUUGGCCGCUUUUUGCGGCCAUUUCUGGAUCGGUCUUUGCUUCGCUGGAUGCGAGGCAGGCUGUGAGCUCAGCGGUGGUCUCUGGUGGUGCUAGUAGCACGUCUGUGUUUGCUGCGCCUACAGCCGUUCCUGCGGCUAGCAUCAACAGCACUGCCUUUGAUUUGUCACAGCACUUUUGCAGAAUAUUUCGCCAUGCUAGUGUUUACGCCGAUGGGAAGAUUUACAUCGAUGGAGGAAACACGUUUGUGCCUAAGGGCAAUAACACCUUCUUCAAUACCCAAGCUGGCGUCUUCACGUCUGGAAUGCACACGCAGCUCCUCGUCCUAGACUUGUCGAAGAACUUCACGAACCAGGAGACCGGGCCAUACAGCUCCAUCUGGAAAGCGCCGGACGUCCCGAACGGUCUGAUCGAGCAUGCGAUGUGGUACUCACAGACGACCAGAAAGGUCUAUCAGCUAGGUGGUUGGUGGUCGUCCAACAACAAUGAGAACCCAGCAUAUAUCGACGACUUCCCUGAGCCGGCCAUCUGGGAGUUCGACAUCGAUACGGAGCGAUGGGCCAAGUCUACGGACUUUGAGGUAUCCAACAACGACCAUAUUGUCGACCGGCCAGGUGCUGCGGCAUUCUGCGACGCGCCGACGUUGAAUCGGAGUUAUAUCUUUGAGGGGUAUACACAGCGCAGGAGCAGUCCUGCGAACAGCCAGUAUACACCCUCCAUGGACUUUCGCUUUCUCGAAGGAAUGCUCGAACUUGACACCGCAGACAAGUCCCAGCCCAAGCUGACGAACAUCUCCGUUCCGACGUACGUUGGGCCACGCAUGAACGGUGCGAUGGUCCACGUCCCGGUUGGAGAGAAGGGUAUCAUCGUCAACAUCGGUGGGCAAACAACCCGAGACGAAACGGAAUUCGGCGUCCGGAUCGAUGAUGCAGCAUCAGGAAACAUCAACAUCAACCAAUCCUUCGUCGACAUCUACGACAUCGAAACAGGCUUUUGGUUCCGCCAAGAGACCUUCGGCCUCCCGGACAUGCCCACCGGCCGCUCCGACAUCUGCGCCGUCCUCGUUCCCGCCAAGGACUCCUCAUCGUGGAACAUCUACAUGAUCGCCGGCGUCGAGAACUACGCAACCUACAUUACCUCCGAGGAGAUCUGGGUCCUCACCCUGCCGACGUUCCAGUGGAUCCUCGUGCACACCCGCGCCGACGGCAUGUACGGGCACACGUGCCACGCCGUCGGCGAGAAUCUCUUGAUCGUGGGCGGGAUGCAGACCAAGAGCGACGGCAGCGGCGGGAACGUCCAGAUGUGCUCGGAGCACAUGCCCGCUGAGAUCUUCUCCCUGGUCUCGCUCAAUUACACGGGGAGCUACGACACCGAGGCCGCGAAGAGGUUGGCACCGGUGCCCGAGCAGGUUGUCAAGGCCAUCGGGGGGACGGCAUUAGGAGGAGCAUAUGUCACGAAACCUCGUGCGUGGAGUGAUGUCUAUCUGCAGUAUGUCUUUGACCCAUCACUCAAGAGACCGGCCUAUACACCGACGUACACACUCGUCGUGCAGCCCACCGCUGCCACGAAUAGCACUACUCCCGAGCCAACUUCUUCUUCGAGCGGGCGAUCUAAAGGCGCCAUCGUUGGUGGGGUAGUCGGCGGCGUCCUCGGAGCCAUCGCCCUCGUCGGCGCAGGCAUCUUCGCCGUCAUCUUGCGGCGGAGGAAGAAGAGAAAGGCAGCAACAGAGCUAGCAGCUGCCGAGAACUCAAGGCAGAGCGCCGCUUUCUCGGAGUUGCCGGGUUAUACGCCCUACUCAUCCCCUGAGCCGAAGCCCAGGUUCGCAACGUCGCCGACCGCGUCGCCGGGGGUGCAAGCUGCGGAGCUUGAAGUGCCGAACAGUGUGAGCGAGAUGCCUAGUAGUCCGAGGUACGGCGGGUCCGUUGAGAUGGGAAGUGAUGCCACCCAGUCGCCGGUUAGUCCAACGCUUGGGUCUGGGGGGCAGGGGUACGAGGGAGGUCAUGGGAGGUUUAGUCCUACGGGCCGGUAG